GUCACCAGUUCUCCGGGCUGCCUGGAAGCCAGUCGUGCUGAACGGAGCGCUGAUUUCCAACACGGUGCGUCGGGAAUUAUCGCCUUUCAGUCCGUCUCCAGUCUCGGAGAUGUGCGCCGAGAAUAUUCCUGGUGCCAGGAACAGCAUGUGAACUCCUGUUUGAAGGCAACCACCGAGUAAAUGGACGAACAAGAAGAUCCGUGUAACAGCGUGUGCGCUGGAUGCAGAAGCAGGAUUCAGGAUGCUUUUCAUGUCAAGCUGCACAAAGACUUCUUUCACAACGCAUGUUUUCGGUGCUCUGAAUGCUGUGAUCUCCUGACUAACUGGUACUAUGAGCGGGAAGGGAAACUCUACUGUGGAAAACACUACUGGGAGAAAUUCGGGGAGCUGUGUCAUGGCUGCUCACUGCUAAUGACCGGACCAGCUAUGGUGGCUGGAGAGUACAGGUAUCAUCCCGAGUGUUUCGUGUGUCUGAGGUGUAAGGUGGUGCUGGAGGAACGGGAUACCUACGCUCUGGUGGAGCGCAUCAAACUGUACUGUGGCAAAUGCUAUAAACAGGAGGUUUUGGCACCGAUGUUGGAAAGGCGCUGCACGGCUGACUCGUCUCCCGACACGCUGCCUCACACGGUCACUCUGGUGUCCAUGCCGGCGGCUGCUAACGGGAAACGAGGCUUCAGCGUUAGCGUGCUCCGGGACUGCAGCAGCACCACAGCCAGCGUGCAUGUCAAAGAGGUACGGGGGAUGCUGAUCAGCCCGGAGGUUCGGAAUGCCAUCCAUGUCGGUGACCGCAUCCUGGAGAUCAACGGCCUUCCAGUAGGAACGCUGAUGGAGGACGAGGUGGAGGAUCUCAUCCAUCGAACCAGUCAGACACUGCAGCUGCUGAUUGAGUACGAUCCGGUCAGACAGAGACUGGACCGACUUCGCCUGGGCUCGUCCCUGGGCGUUCCUGCAGCGUCACGUCUGCGCCUGUCCUCCCCGACUGACGGAGUGAUCGAGAGGGCAGAUAACGAUGACGGGACGCUGAAGAGGAGAUCUCUCAGGCGCAGUAACAGUAUCUGUAAGUCCCCAGGGCCUGCUUCUCCUAAGGAGCACCCGAUCCUAGCCCGGGACAUCAGUCGCUCCGAAUCACUCCGAGCCUCCUCCAGCUGCUCCCAUCGCAUUUUCCGACCUUGCGACCUCAUCCACGGAGAGGUGCUCGGCAAGGGAUUCUUCGGUCAGGCCAUCAAGGUCACCCAUAAGGCCACAGGAGAAGUCAUGGUCAUGAAAGAGCUGAUCCGGUGUGAUGAAGAGACGCAGAAAACCUUCCUAAAAGAGGUCAAAGUGAUGAGGAGUUUAGAUCACCCUAACGUCCUGAAGUUUAUUGGGGUGUUGUAUAAGGACAAGCGGCUCAAUCUAAUCACAGAGUUCAUCGAGGGUGGAACCCUGAAGGACUUCAUUAGAGAUGUGGACCCGUUCCCAUGGAGGCAGAGGGUUAGCUUUGCCAAGGGCAUCGCUUCAGGAAUGUCAUAUCUGCACUCGAUGAGCAUCAUCCACAGAGAUCUGAACUCACACAACUGCCUGGUAAAACUGGACAACACGGUGGUGGUGGCCGACUUCGGUCUGUCCCGUCUGGUCAUGGAGGACAAGGUGAAGCAGCCGCCUCCUGACAAGCCCAACAAGAUGCGGAUAUUCCGUCGCAUCGACCGCAAAAAGCGCUACACAGUGGUGGGUAACCCGUACUGGAUGGCUCCGGAGAUGCUGAACGGUAAACGCUACGACGAGAAGGUGGACGUUUUCUCCUAUGGCAUUGUGCUCUGCGAGAUCAUCGGGCAGGUGUACGCCGAUCCCGAGUGUCUGCCCCGCACACUGGACUUCGGGCUCAACGUGUGCAAGUUUACAGAGAAGUUUCUACCUGAAGACUGUCCUCCUGCUUUCUUCCCAUUAGCCGUGUCCUGCUGCGACCUCGCUCCUGACAACCGGCCGGCUUUCCAGAAGCUGGAGGACUGUUUCGAGGCUUUGGCUCUAAACCUGGAGCUCGGGAUCCCUCUUCCGGCGGAGCUCGAUGAGCUGCAGCAGAGACUUUCAAAGCCUAAUGGGUCCAAAAGUGGCGAUCUGUCCCCAAAAUCCAGCUCGUCCCCAGAGCACUCGAGUCUGGAAAAAGACGACACGUAGCCGGGACAAAGCAAAACUGGUAGAGCUCAAGUCGGGCCUGCACACAGACUGCACGGGGUGGUGACCAAUUUGUUAUGACCUACACGGACAGGUUUACACGAACGGACAUGCUGGAUUCUGUGCGCUUGGUGUGUUUACAGUGCGCUCACACUGGGGUGCUUGUGUCGAGUUGAGGGCAUUUGAGCUGACGGAUCUGAUGUUGAGAUCCAAAGAGGGAGGCACAUUUCAUGACUCAAGGAGGUUUUCUUUUUCACUUAAGGGUAAGGGUUUUUCCCUGCCCCCCCCUUACAUUACAGACUCAUUUUGGGAUAUCUUGGCAUCUCUUCUUCUUCUUUUUUUUUUUUUCCUAUUUAUAUCUGGAGCGCUUGCGCUAAUCUGUAAAACGAACCCAAAUGACAUGCAGCUGCUAGGAUCAGAAUAAAACUCACAAGGGACUGACUACGGCUUCUCCUGCGUAUCUGUGAGCCUGCGUCGAUCUUCCUGGAGUAAAAUCCGUGGUAUCUUGUUGCUGGAGAGACCGAUAAUCAAUCGGAUGACUUUGUAGCAUGGCUUUAGAGGUCUUGGGCUGCUUAAAUCAGGUUGUUACUGAAUAAGUGAACUCAGCACUGGUGCUGGUUUAAAAAAAAGGCACCGUUCCAGAUGGUGAGGAUUACUGAACCCUCUGCUGCCCUCUGGUGGUUGAUUACAUUAUCAAGUAGAUUUCAAAAUGCCUGGACAAAAAAACUGGAUGAUUUUAUUUUCAAAAAGAAAUUAAAAAAAAUUAUAAUAAUAGAAAUUUCUGCGAGUAACAGUUCUGUUUUACUUGCCAUUGCAAAAAAAAAAAAGUCCUAAAUGAUUGGCGAGUCUUUAUCCUGGACAAGUUGUUACAGAUUUUUUUGUACAUUUUUCAAAGCAGCUGCCAGUUCAGUAGCAUUAAUGAUGUUUGUGGAAAAGCACAGAAACCUAAAAAUAACUGGAGAUAUGAUUUUUUUUUGUUGUUGUUGUUGUUUGAUACAAAUUAUUUGAGAAUUGUUAGUGUCAGAAUUGUAUAGAAGUUGUAAUUGAAUAGCGUGGGAUUAUAACGUUGGUUUGCCGAUCGCAUUUUGUAGAAUGUAAAAAAAAAAAAAAAAAAAAAAAAAAGUCCCAUUUUCCCCCCUAGCGUUCUUUCUCUUUUUUUGUGUGAAAAAGGUACUUGAUGUGUGAACAUCAUAACCACUGAUAUUUGAUUUCCUGUGUUCCUGACUCAAAUAAAUUAAUUCAUUGUCUGUUGAA